GUGCUAUGAGGCUGAUACGUGCCCCGCUCGUUCGGGAUGUUUGGGUUACAGUCUGUCACAUGGGCGACUCUCUAGUGAGCUGGAACAAGUGCGUCUGCGGUGGUUGAAACUUUACUACUCCAGAGUCAGGCGACGCACUUGAAAGAGAUGGGAGUAAGGAUGCUUCAUGGGAACCUGCUGCAGGCUGCUUGGCUGUGUUGUCUGUUGGCGGUUCAGGUGCACAGCUGUCCUGGUACCUGCAGUAAGUGUUCAGGCCCAGAGAGUGACCAGUGUGAGGAAUGCAGAGCAGGGUGGACACUCCAUAAUAACACCUGUGUAGACAUUGAUGAGUGUGGCACUGAGCUGGGAAACUGUCCUUCCAGCAGCUACUGCUUCAAUACUGAGGGGUCCUUCGAGUGCAGAGCCUGUGACUCGGCCUGUGUGGGCUGUAUGGGUAGCGGCCCAGCACGCUGCAGGAAAUGUGCCUCUGGGUACAGACUGACAGGGUCCAAGUGUAUGGACGUAGAUGAAUGUAGUGACAGGGUCCUCGCCUGCCAAGGCCUGGAUGAGAUUUGCACCAACACAGACGGCUCUUUCCGCUGUGACUGUGCUAAAGGAUUCAGCCGCAAGGACAGUGUUUGUGUGAAGAAGCAGCUGCCCAGUUCUGAGGAGAAAGGUCUGUUUGAGGAUAUCCAAGAUGAUGAGGUGGAGGUGCUGCAGCAGAUGUUCUUUGGGGUGGUGAUUUGUGCUCUGGCCACACUGGCUGCUAAGGGAGAUUUGGUCUACAUGUCUGUAUUCAUGGGAGCAGUGGCAGCCAUGGCCGGGUACUGGCUCUCUGACAGGGCAGACCGUUUGUUACAGGGCUUCUUAAAGGGACGUUAAAGUCCAAAACUGUUGCAAAAAGGACUUAAACAUUUCAUAUGGUAGAUGCACAAAUGCUUAUGCCACUGUUCAAGCAGGUAAAUCAUGUGCAUUCGCUUGUACUAUGGACAAUAUAAGUUAUUGACAUGAAAAUAUUUUAUUUUGCUGUGAAAGAUAUUCAUUACUGUCACACUUCUCUGUCUGUUAGAGAAAUAAUCAUCAUUGAACGACGACAGAAACACCAUGAAAACUUUGACAAAAAUGUCAAAUAGAACCUUGUAAUUCCAAGGGGACGUUGUUCCUGAGUUAAAGCGUUGCAUAAUGUCUACAUGUGUUUCUGCAGAACAUUAUGAUGUCACAGUGAAGUUGAUCUUUGAUCAUUUUGGCAUAAAAUAUCAUCACAUUUUAUCCUACUAGACAUUUGUGUUAUGAUUAGUGUAUGAAUUCUUGAGUUAUGGCCAAAAAUGUGUUUUGUGAGGUCACAGUGACCUUUGACCUUUGACCACCAAAUUGUAAUCAGUUCAUCCUUCAGGCCAAAAGUGAAUGUUUGUGCCAAAUUUGAAGAAACUCCCUCAAGACGUUACUGAGACAUUGUGUUCCUGAGAAUGGGAUGGACAGACAAAGACGGACAACCUGAAAACAUCUGGCCACAGCUGUCAGCUAAGGCAUAAAAAUAAGUUUUCACUGACUGUCCAGCUGUUACAUUUUCCUGUACUGAGCUGGAAAUGAGCCAUGAUUGUUGAUGAUUAUUUUUUUUUUAACACCUGUCAUUUGUAGUAGCCAAAAUACAAUGUUGCCAGGUCAGGCUUUAAUGAUGAAGAAUUUACAGCAUGAAUUUAAAUGUAGCUGUACAGGUAUGGGUUCAUAAAGCAUGUAGUAUAAUAUUUGACUCUGGUACUAUGUUAACUACAAUGUAUUUAUACUAAGGCUGUAACAUGAUGUAGAAAGAUUUCUAAUGUUAAAACCUCUUUUCUCCAUGUGUGAAUUUAUAUAUAUAAACGCUGAAAUAAAUACUGUUAACAGUC